AGAAAAUGAUGAUCCGUCUACUUUUACUCACAAUGGCAGUGGUUGGAGUAUGGAGUUUAUCUGUAGCCCCAUUGCUUGACAGUUUGAUUGAAGUUUCUGUGGACUGUGGUGAAAAGGUCGACAAUGAUCCCGUUCUCAAGAUAUUAACUGACGUCGACAUUUUAGCGAAGGCCAAGUGUAAUGGCGGUGAUCAGGAAUUUACUUCUACAGAUUCGGUUCACUAUGCACUUCCAGCGGCUACCAGCACUAAAGGCAAUCGGUGUCUUUUCUAUCAACUCUAUAGGCCGUCAGCUUCGUGAUUUUUUUGAAGAAUAUUUGUCGAUCCAAACAACCCCCUAUUUUUUCCUUAUAGCCGUAGAUUGUGGACCCCCACCAAAGCCAUCAGGGGAAACGGUAGAACUGUUUGUUGAUAGUACUACUGUUGGUUUUGAUGCGGAAUAUGAAUGUCGUAUAGCACAUUAUGUCAUAGAGGGAAUUUUAGGUUGUAUUGCUAAUGCUGCUGAUGACUUCAUAUCAGACGCUGUCCAAAGUCCAAUGCAACAAUCCGAAUGUAAUGAUCAUUGCCGAGAAAAAUGGUUUACUAUGUUUGUGUGGAGGAAUGAUAAAUCAUGUGGUUGCUUAGACUAUACAUUUGAACCCUAUGUGGUUGAUUGCGAAGAGGCGUGCGAUAUAGUUCACCCCUGUGGUACGACAGAACCUAAUUCUGGAGCGGCCUUCGUUGUCAUCUAUCCGGACGUUAUAGGAUACCAGGAAGCUUGUUUAACUGACCAGGAAACAUUCGAACCAGAUCCAGAAGGUGAUGGUGAUGUCUCGAUCUGUAGACUAAUGUGUGUAGCUUAUGGGUGGUACCCGUCUAGCUUACCUGUGAUCUUCGAUUCUAAUCCUAUGGUGUUACCCCUCAAGGAUCGAAAUUUAUGGGGUUUUUGUGCAGUGGAAGCUGAUAUGACUGCUACGGUGGAACCUUCAGAAUGUCGAUCUUGUGAGUCGGAUUCUACUGCGAAAUGUGGAUCUACACUUACCAGUUACAACCAUAGCAAAACGAGUAUUCAGAGUUCAAAUAUAAAGACCAAGACUUUUUUUCAAUUCUUCAUCCUAGGAUCAUGAGAGAGUUGAAGUGCGUGAGGGGGAUAAUUGAAAGUUCCAGGCUUCGAUUUUGGCAUUAGUCUAUGUAACUUCAAUUUUGCCAUUUAGUCUAGUCAAAAUAUAAUACAAAUACACCCGAACCCAAAAAAUUGCAAGAAAUUGUUUUAUUGUGUUGUUUUGUAUUACAAGGGGUGUAGAAAAAUCCCGUCACCAGAACGGGUCCAAAUUUUGGGUUAAGAAAAACAUGACGUCAGUGCCUUAAAAACUAUGGAACUAUGUCAAUAUUGACACAAGAUCACGUGAUUCUGGUAAUUUCAAUAUCAGAGACUGGUCGUUCAGGACUACGAGUAAACAAAGACAAUGAAAACAAAGACUUCGUAUGUAUGGAUUAUGUACUGAUAAUAAAAUGCAUAAUUGGUGAACCAAAAGCAUUAAAUAC